AUGCUCACUAAAUAUUGGGAAAUGGAAGCACAUGGAACAAACUUUGUCAAACCACUACUAGAGGUAUUAAAUGACAAAGAACAUUAUGAAGUAAAAAUAAUCUUGGACUUGAAACAACAAGGAUGUGGAACCAAAUAUCUGGUCAAAUAG